AUGAGCACUAAGAAGACAAGACUUGAGAUUAUCUUUGCAAAAUAUUACUUCGGUUUCGCUAUUUUAUCAGCUUUGUUCUUUGGAUCCUUUAACUUUAUAUUGGAUAGUGUAGUGCAACAACAAAUGAGUCUUAGAGUUAUGUACUUAAUGGGCACUGGAUGCUUAGUUUAUUUCUUCGUUUUCCACUUGUAUUCUGCAAUUGACCUUAAGUAAACCAAGGGCAAGUUUUGGCUUAAGAGCGAAUCUGCUUAUUACAGAGAUGAUGGAAGAAUAGAUUUCUUCUUGGUAAAGAUUAUAUUGUGUAGAUCAGUCUUUUCAGUGAUGCUUUUUACUUUGCUUUAUGUGAUAAUGUAUACCUCAGAGCUCUCAGGCAUCAGCAGUUCUGUCAUUAUCACUCUAUAUGCGGCUAACAUCUUAAGCACCUCUGUUGGAUUUUACUUUGUCUACAAUGAAAAACUAAAUUAUAGACAUCUGAUUGGCAUGAUAUUUAUUAUCAUAAGCAUUGCCUUCAUAUCCUAGGGUAAAACCAAUGUAAUUGGAGGAAGAAAAUCAGACUCCAACAAUACUGUUGGAAGUAAUAAAUCCCUAAGCAUAUUCGUACCAAUAUGCUUGGCACUUCUUGCCUGUUUAGUUAUCACUGCUUAAAGCUUAAUAACAAGAGCCAUUAGAUUUACUAAGAUAUCGUCAGCACAAUAUACCGCUGAUAGUCAAUUUUUGUCAAAUUCACUAUUGGUUUGCUUUGGUAUUUACGAGCAAAUCUAUGGAAAAUCCUACACAUCAAACGAGGCCUUAAUUUUUAUUUCAACGUCAUUCCUUCAAAUUAUCGGUCUUCUGUUCUUAAACGGAGCUAUCAUUUUUGGCAAAGCUGGGCCAAGCUAAGCCCUCAUUCAAUUGCAAUCACCUUUCUAGCUUGCUCUUGAAAUUAUAAUUAUGUCUCAGAUUCCUAACAUAUAUGCACUAUCAGGCAUGGCUAUAUGCAUUGUCGGUGCUCUUAUUAUUAUUCUUGGAAAGAAAUGA